AUGUCUUACGGCGGCGGUUACGGCGGUGGAUACGGCGGCUCCCGCGGCGGCGGUAGCGGCGGCGGCGGCGGCGGUUACAGCAACGGGUAUGAUUCCUCGCGCUGCGCGAACAGCUACAACUCCAGUCACUAUUCCAGCGGAUACGGCGGUGGUAGCAACGGCUACUCCAACGGCGGUGGCUACGGCGGUAGCAACGGAUACAGCGGCGGCGGCGGCGGCGGUGGAUAUGGUGGUGGCUACGGCGGCGGUGGCGGUGGCGGUGACAGGAUGUCGAACCUGGGCGCCGGCCUGAAGCAGCAGAACUGGGAUAUCAACUCUCUUCCCAAGUUCGAGAAGUCUUUCUACAAGGAGCACCCCGAAGUCGCUGCCCGCUCCCAGAAGGAGGUCGACGAUUUCCGCAAGGAGCAGCAAAUGACCAUCCACGGCAGCGAUGUCCCUAAGCCCGUCACCACCUUCGACGAGGCUGGUUUCCCUGGAUACGUCAUGAACGAGGUCAAGGCCCAGGGUUUCGACAAGCCCACUGCUAUCCAGUCUCAGGGUUGGCCCAUGGCUCUCUCCGGACGUGACGUCGUCGGUAUCGCCGAGACCGGUUCCGGAAAGACCCUCACCUACUGCCUUCCCGCCAUCGUCCACAUCAACGCUCAGCCUCUCCUUGCUCCUGGCGACGGCCCCAUCGUCUUGAUUCUCGCUCCCACCCGUGAGCUCGCUGUCCAAAUCCAGACCGAGAUCAGCAAGUUCGGCAAGUCCUCGCGCAUCAGGAACACCUGCGUCUACGGUGGUGUGCCCAAGGGCGGUCAGAUCCGUGACCUCGCUCGCGGUGUCGAGGUUUGCAUUGCCACUCCCGGUCGUCUGAUCGACAUGCUCGAGUCUGGCAAGACCAACCUUAGGCGUGUUACCUACCUCGUCCUCGACGAAGCUGACCGUAUGCUGGACAUGGGUUUCGAGCCUCAGAUCAGGAAGAUCAUCGGCCAGAUUCGCCCUGACCGUCAGACCUGCAUGUGGUCUGCUACGUGGCCCAAGGAGGUUCGCCAGCUUGCUUCUGACUAUCAGACCGACUUCAUCCAGGUCAACAUCGGCUCCAUGGAUCUCUCUGCCAACCACCGCAUCACUCAGAUUGUUGAGGUGGUUUCGGACUUCGAGAAGCGUGACAAGAUGGCCAAGCACCUCGAGCGCAUCAUGGAUGACAAGAACAACAAGGUCCUCAUCUUCACAGGUACUAAGCGUGUCGCGGACGACAUCACCAGGUUCCUCCGCCAGGACGGCUGGCCCGCGCUCUCUAUUCACGGUGAUAAGCAGCAGAACGAACGUGACUGGGUGCUGAACGAGUUCAAGACGGGCAAGAGCCCCAUCAUGGUUGCCACCGAUGUGGCUUCGCGUGGUAUCGACGUUCGCAACAUCACUCACGUCCUCAAUUAUGAUUAUCCGAACAACUCAGAGGACUAUGUGCACCGUAUCGGUCGUACUGGUCGUGCUGGUGCGAAGGGUACCGCCAUCACCCUGUUCACCACGGAGAAUGCCAAGCAAGCCCGUGACCUCGUCCAGAUUCUCACCGAGUCCAAGCAACAGAUCGAUCCCCGCCUCCACGAGAUGGCUCGCUACAGUGGCGGCGGCGGUGGUGGUCGUGGCUGGGGUGGUCGUGGACGCGGUGGCGGCCGUGGCGGUGGUGGUAGGUUCUCCCGCCGUUAA